GAGGUGGUGAUUUUCACAGGAUGGCCUUGGGAUAGAGGAGAGCGACUUCGCUUCACCGUCGACUACUACUAAUGGACGGUCCGUAGGCCCUACCAGUUGUUGCCGAGCGAUAUAGUAAUGCCGGGUGUCAUGGCGAGUCGCUCUUAUCGAAGCAUCUACCUUCUAGUUCUCUGCUGCUUCGUGAUCUUCCGCUCUUUCGCCGCCGCUAGUAGUAGCAGCCAGUUCGCAGAGCUGAGAGAUGGAGCGCUUUCACCUGCUUACGGAACACACGCUGAGCCACGCGAGAGUAGCGGUCGUGAUAAUAGCGAUGAAUUCAAUCGCGAUCGGAAAAGAAGCGAUCAGCAAAGAAGCGAUGAGCAUCCCGGUGGAAUGAUGCGCACGGGUUUCGACGGCCAGGGGGGGAGGCAGCGGGUGGAAUCAGGCAGCACGGAGCGAGCGAAUGAGUGGUCGACGAAGGAGUGCGAAGAGGAGGAGGCGAAACCCAUGCAGCUGUUACGACCGUCGGCGAAUCACGAUCGGUUGGAGGUGGUGCAGUCAACUCUGGACGUGUUGGAGAGAAUACACCAGCCCGUGGCUUUCGUGGCUGUCGUCGGCCCCUACCACGGAGGCAAGUCCUUCCUGCUCAACGUGCUGCUCAACUCCACCCGCGGCUUCCCAGUGGGCACUCGCCCCGACCCCGAGACCCUGGGGCUCUGGAUCCGCAUCGUGCCGCCGCACAGACUGCAGACGCCUGGAGGGGCGGUGGUGGUGCUGGUGGACUCGGAGGGGCUGUAUGGGGACGGCGCCUCACGCGCGUAUGACGCCAAGCUGUUCGCCGUGGCUACUCUGCUGUCGUCCCACCUCAUCUACAACACCCUGCGCACUCUAGUCGGUGGCGGCACUGGCGGACCUGGCAAAACAGGCGCACGUUUUCAACCUCCAGAACUGGUUGCACUCGGGGGGUGGGGGCUGGCUGCUGGUGAUGCUGGUGAACCAUGGAAUCUGGGAGGAGCAGGGGCGUCAGGGGGGCAAGAAAGCACAUCGCAGGCCCUAGAAGGCGCAGGGAAGGGCAUGGGGCCGCGAACCAGCAGCAGAAGUGGUGGUGGUGUUGAUGAGGUCGAUGGUGCGGGUGGCACUGCUGACGAUGAUGAUAGCGCUGCUGCUGAUGGCACUGCUGCAGCAUCGUCCCACCUGCCCGACCCUCGCCUCCUGCUGCAGACGCUCACCUUCCCUCCGCUCACCUGGGUGGUGCAGGGCUUCGACCUCGACCUGGAGCCAGACCAUUCUUCCUCCGCCUCCCCUCCCACCUCCUCCCACUCCACCUCCCCUCGCUCCACUUCCUCCCAUUCCCCGUCCCACUCCACCUCCCACUCCUCCCCGCCCUCAGCUUCCCCACUGCUGUACCUCCAGCGGUACCUAGCAGCACAUGCGCGCACAGGCGACCAGUCCCUAGACACCCUUUUCACGCAGGGCAUAGCCUGCCUCACGGUGCGCACGCCCACGGAUAUCAAUAGGCUCAGGGAGGAGGUUGGGGGCGCGGGGCUGGGCGCUGCUGACGUGGAGCUGAUGUCAGCGCUGCACCCAGGAUACCUUGCUGACGUGGCGGCGGUGCGGGAGAGGGUGGUUGCGGGGCUGGAGGCCAAGGGGACGGCUCCACAUAAGUUCACAGGGGCGAUUGUAGCUCGCCUACUUCCCCUACUGGUGCACUUCGUGAACAGUGACUUCCCCCUAAACGCCGAGCGCCACAUACAACAAGUCAUGCUGGACCUGCUGCUGGACGGUGCAUUCGCCUCCGCCGUCCACUUCUUUCGUCUGCAUGCCGAUGCCGCCCUCGACAGAUUCACUAGAGCUACCCGCGCUGCUGCUGCUGCUGCUCCUACCGCUGCUGGUGCUGGUGGGAGUGGAGGAGCUGCGGCUGCUAGGUGGGCGGGCGAUGGGAGAACUGUUGGGAGAGAAGAGGCUGGCGGAAGUGAAGGAAGUGAAGGAAGUGAAGGAAGAGGGGACUCUGGUGCAGCUUUUGGCGCUGGCCUUGCAGCGGGCACAGCAGAAGGAGUUGGCGGAAGGAAAGCUGCUGGUCUAGCCUCGCCAUCCCGGGCAUCUCUUCUGCUGUCAGCAGCUUUCACAGCGGACCAGAUGGAGCAAGUCCUGUCCAAGGCAGAGCAAGAGGCACAGCACUACUGCAUGGCGCGAAGUGUGGGGGUGCCUGAAGACCGCUCGGCUAUGACAUGUGGCGUCAGGCUACUGGCCAAGCUAGACCACAUCAAGCCCCACUACAGGUCCACCAACGCGCACAACGUGCAUGUGGCGCUGGCAGCGCUGGCAGACGAGCUGCAGCAAGCAGCACAUGCUGCUUUCGCCGCCCUCCCUCUCCCGCAGAGAGAGCAGGUGGUGGAGCAGCAGUGCCAGGCAGUUCGCAUGACAGCGAUCGACAGCUUCUCAAGCAGCCUGGGAAACCACAGCAGCAGCCCCUUGGUUCCUGUGGUUCGCUCCCGCCUCGAUGCCGACGUCAGCAGCCACUGUUCCGCUGCGACGUCAGCAAACGACCGCCUGAUCGCCGCCCUGCUGGGCAAGGGGAGGGUGGCGUACCACCGCACCUACCAGGACGCAUUCCGGGCGGCGUUCUUGUCCUAUGCUGCCGCCCAUGCUCAUGCUUCUGCAGCUAAUUCCAACGCUCCUGGUGCUGACGAUUCUGCUGAUGCUCCUACUGGUGCUGCUAAUGGCGCUGGUAAUGGUGCUGCUGGUGGUGCUGGUAACAGUGGGGCUGGUGCUGCUGCCACGGCAGGCAAGAGCGGGCCUAACACCUUCCCCUCCGCAACAGACGACCCCCAUCUCUUCUCAGAAGCCCUCUUUGCCCUCCUCCCACCCUCCACGCCCCCUCCUCCCCCUCGCUGGCUCCUCGCCCUGCACUCCAACGCCUCCCUUCUCGCCCAGGAGGCGUUUUCCCUUUCGGUCUCGCAGGGCGGACUGGGGUGGGUGGUACCUGGGCACGACAAGUUUGACUUCUUCCUCUUCCAGGCGAUUCAGUGGGGGAAGCAGCGCGUGCGGGAGGUGGGGGAGGGGAAUGUGGCGAGAGUGAGGGAAUACUGUGGGGAGAUGAAGGGGCGGCUCGUGGGGGAGUAUAGGAAACGGGUGGGGGAGAUUCAGCCGCUGCCGGACAACGAUGAGGUGGUUGUGGCUAAGGCUCGUCACCUAGCCUCACUGAUUUUGGCCAAUUACAGCGCAGCAGUGCAGCCGUACCUGCCGUCGGCUUCGGUGGAGGAGGUUCGCGCGCAGCUGCAGGCUCGGGUGGAGGAGGCUCGGCAGCGGCUGGUGGAUCGGAACACGGAGCUCAUGGCUGCGCUGUGCUUCGAACCUCUCAGGGACGCUCGGGACGAACUGAACAUGCAGGAGUGUGACAAGACCUAUCACAACAUCUUCCUUUCCAAGUCCUGGUGGUCCCUCAAGUGCCUCAGGCCCGGCCCGAGCCUUUUCUUUGGCUUCCGAGCCUCCGCCUUUGCCGUGGCGCUCAAGCACCUAGCCAAGGCCCAGCUCCGGUUCAAAUCCGGCGCUGCUUCUGCUGCUGCUGCUUCCGUGGCUUCUUCUCCUUCUGCUACCGCCUCCUCUUCCCCUCCUCCCGCUUCUUCCCCUUCCCCUGCUGCUACUGGUGCCACUGCAAGUGGUCCUUCCCCCUCCCAAGGGGAGGUAGAUCUGGUGGAGGCAGAGCUGAGUGAGGCGACCAAGCACCGGGUGAUAUCUGCGUGGCUGCAGAGGGACUUAGCUGUUCACGCCAACACCGUGCUAACCAACUGCUGCUUGCUGCUCGCAUCCCUUGCGGCGCUCCUGCUGCUGCUGCACUCGCUGCUACUGCGCGUGAAGAUGGUGUUAGGGAGGAAGGGGAGGAGAGGGAGGUUUUGGGGGCAGAAGCAUGAGAGCGCAUCAGGGAGGGAAAAAACAGCAGGAAUGAGGAAUGGCGCACCAGUAGCUAGGAUGGUGGCAUGGCUAGGAGGGGGGGGACGUCCAGUGAGGCGCACUAGAAUGGGGAGUCGAGCAGAGGCUGGUGGCAGGGGAAAGGACACAGGGCAGCAGGGCAGAGAGCAGGAGGGCAGGGAGCAGGAGGGCAGGGAGCAGGAGGGCAGGGAGCAGGAGGGCAGGGACAGGGAUGGGCAUGGGGUCACGGUGCAGGCAGUGCCAUCAAGCAGGUUCGCACCCAAUGGCUUGGCUGCCAAGUGUGGGAUGCUGGAGGGCCCAGUUGCACACGGUGGGAUGGCGAAUGGCGUGAUGACAGGUGGUGCCACGACAGGUGGCAUGAUGAGCAAUGGAUGGCAUGAAGUGGAGGAAGCACUUGCGCGUCGCCAUGGCAGGGUGGGCGUGCAGCAGGGUGUGGCAGCACAGAGGAACAGCUCUGGCAGUGGCAGUGACGAUGCUGCUUGCCAUGCCGACGGUGACGAUGGUUACGAUGGUGGCUGUGAUGGUAAUAGUGAUGUGAAUAGUGGUCGAAUGGGCUGGGCAGGAGCUAGGACGGUGGCAGCAGAGCUAGCAGCAGGACAACCAACAGCAGCGCGAGCAGCAGGCCAGCCAGCAGCAUCCUCAGUUCUCAAGGGCUUUCAAGACCUUGCCGGCACUGCCAGUAACUCCACAGAGGCGCAGGGCAUGAGUGCUUCAGUUGAAAUGGGCAAUCGCAGCACCGGCUCACCGAGUAAACCAAGCAAACCAAGCACGUGCACGGCAGCUCCUGCUGUCGUGGCUUCUCCUCCAGGCAAGGAGCUGCUGCCUGGUGUCAUUAGCUCGCCUCACAGUCCUGGCAGCACGGGGGGCAGUGGAGGGAGCGGAGGGAAGGCCAGCGGUGCUUACUACCGAGCGGCGGAUGGGCAGUGGAGGAGGUUCAAGUCUGUUACAAGGUCGUAAAACACUCUGGAAAUAAGUUCAUUACAUGUUGCUGACUUGCUUCCUAGGCUGUGUUGUGUUCUUGUGCUGCGCUGUUUGAGCCUGGCCGCUUUGACUGGAAGUAUAGCUAUAACGAGUAAUGGCAAGGCUGAUGUUACAGAAUCAGAGUGGUCAUGGUUGGAACAUUCUCAUGGUUUUUGCCUUCAGGUUCCACAGGAAUGAUAUCUCGGUACGGCAACCUC